AUGAAAAGCAACAAGUUCACAAUCGAAGAAAGCAGUAAUGGAGGAGGAAUCAGCAACGAGAAGAAGAGUUGUGCUAUUUGUGGUACAAGCAAAACCCCUCUUUGGCGAAGCGGUCCCGCCGGUCCAAAGUCGCUGUGUAAUGCGUGUGGGAUUAGGAACAGGAAGAAGCGAAGAACAGUGAUCAGAUUGAUGGAAUUAGGAAGAGAAGUGAUGUUACAGAGAUCAACGGCUGAGAAUCAACGGCUCGGAGAAGAAGAACAAGCCGCUGUUUUACUCAUGGCUCUUUCUUAUGCUUCUUCUGUUUAUGCUUAA